AUGUUCCGCUCCGCCAUCGUCCGCUCCUUGAGGGCUUCCGUCCCCCGUGUCGCUGUCAAGACCCCAGCUCCCUUCCACAUCCGCAGCUCGCCCAUCGCUCUGCGCAGCCCUCAAUUCACUCCCUGCUUCGUCUCCCAGGGUGUUCGCUGCUACUCCGCCCCUGCCGGUCUGAACAAGACCGAAGUUGAGGGCCGUAUCGUCAACCUGCUCAAGAACUUCGACAAGGUCUCCGAUGCCAGCAAGAUCAGCGGUGUCUCCCACUUUGCCAACGAUCUCGGUCUGGACAGCUUGGAUACCGUUGAGGUCGUUAUGGCCAUUGAGGAGGAGUUCAGCAUUGAGAUCCCCGACAAGGAGGCCGACCAGAUCCACAGUGUUGAGAAGGCCGUCGAGUACAUCCUCGCUCAGCCCGAUGCCCACUAA